AUGUCCCGCCCCACCCGCGCACAGCUGCUCAAGUCCGCGCACGACCUCUGCGACGCCUUCGCCGCCGGCGCAGACCCCGACACCCUCCUCGACCACUUCUCCACGACGCACGCGAUCUCCGCAAUCGAGCACGGGCUCGAGGAGCUCGCCCCCUUCCUUGGCCGCGACUUCACCGGCCGCACAGGGUCAAGUCUGGGCGUCGCACGCUUCACCUGGACCGAGGGCGCCGGCGCGGGGCAGACGUGGGACGAGUGCUUCGCGUACAUGCUCGACUUUGACCAGGCGGCCAAGGUGACCAACUAUCAGGUUUGGGCCGACUCAGGCGCCGCCUACCUCGCCCGCCGCGGCGAGCUCAAGGAGCUGCUUGCGACCAAAGGCGCGACUGGUACCGAGGGAUCCAGUGGCCCACGCGCACAGCAGGUCGCUGAGGUCCCAGGGACGGUCCGCGCACCACCAGAGUUCCACUCCAGUGCGGGGUGA